CACACACACACACACACACACACGCUCCUGCUCAUUCUCACUCGUAGAAGGUAGAAGUGUGGACACACACACACCAUGGCGAGUGUUAUGAUGUUGCCGAGCGGAAUGUCGAUCUUCACCUCCGUCCCUGACCUUCUCUUCAUACCUGAACUUGUAUUCGGAGGCUUGGUGUGGAUUUUAGUAGCAUGUACUAAAGUGGUUCCUAAUAAUCCUCAAGCGUAUGUCAUGACUGUGUCGUUGUUCUGCUUCGUUGUCACCUUCAUCUGGAUGAUGAUGUUCCUGUAUGGAGUUCAUCACAACAGAACCUCCUGGGCCACUGCAGACUUUGUGUAUCACAGUACAGCUGCUCUGUUGUAUCUCAGCGUGUCAGUGCUCCUGGCGUACAUCACUGCCGUUCUCAGCCCCUUCAGUGAUAUCGACUUCACGCCCUACAAACUCAACAUGUCUGCAGUGGUGUUCUCCUUCUGGGUCACACUGCAGUACAUCGUACACACUGCUUUCUCAGUCAUCAGAUGGAAAUCUUUUUAAAACACAUGAUUCAGGACUGUGUGUGCGUGUCUUGAUAAAUUAAUCUUUGUAUUUUGUUUACUUGAUGUAUUUGAGGAGCAGAUGGAGAGAUACAGUGAUUGUGUAUUGAAUUUCAUUUCUUCCUCUCUCUCUCUCUCUCUCACACACACAAACAAAAGCUUGAGCCAUGUUUAUUAGAUGUUUUAGUCAAACACAUGAUUCACUUACAAUGAAUACAUAAUUACUGAAUCACCUGUGACAUACAGGAGUGUGUUCUGGUUCAGUAUGUUUAUUACAUUUCUCUCUCUCUCUCUCUCUCUCUCUCUCUCUCACUCACACACACACACACACACAGGAAUAUGCAGUUCACUUCUUGUAGUUUUCAUUAUCUGAAUUUCAAAACAGGUUUAUGAAUGAGUGAGAAAGACUCAAUAAACAAAUGAAAUAUA